AUGGGUUUUCCUGCUUCUUCUUCUUCUCCUACUUUCAUUUCAGAUGGUAUCUUUGAAUCUCAGGCUUCAAUCGGCCGGAACCUACUGCAGGCCAAGAAAGGCUGUCCAGUGAACUUUGAGUUUUUGAACUACACUGUUAUCACAAGCCGAUGCAAAGGACCACGGUACCCUGCUGUCCAGUGUUGUGCUGCAUUCAAGGAAUUGGCUUGUCCUUAUACAGAUGUGCUGAAUGACUUGACAAAUGAAUGUGCUUCAAUUAUGUUCAGCUACAUUAACCUCUAUGGAAACUACCCACCGGGGCUUUUUGCCAAUGAGUGCCAUGAAGGGAAGGAAGGUCUUCUAUGCCCUGCAUUACCACCAUCAACGUCGGCUGACGAUGUAAAUGGUGUUCAUUCAACAUUCAAUCGAUCUCCAUUGCUAAUGCUCACAGCUGGUUUCGUAGUAUUGUUAUUCAGCUACACUUCAUGGUUUCCAACUGUGUCAAAUGAGCUGGAGUGUGUAAUGUGGGGACCAGAUGCAAUUAUCUUCAUAUCAUCUGUAGCUUGGACUUUUGUUUCUGUGGCUCUAAAUAAUUGA